GCCGGGGGACGGAGGAUGCAGUGGUGAAUAAAAACGUGGGAUGUCAAACAUCAGAACUCAAAAAGAAAGACUUGUCUUCGGAGGAACUUGUUUGACAGUAAUCUGAGACUCAGACUUUCCCAUCGUCACCAUGGUCGAGUGGACAGACGCCGAGCGCACCGCCAUCACAACCCUGUGGUCCAAAAUUGACGUGGGUGAAAUCGGACCCCAGGCUCUAGCCAGGCUUCUGAUCGUGUAUCCCUGGACUCAGAGACACUUUGCGUCUUUUGGCAACUUGUCCACCACCGCUGACAUCUUUGGAAACCCUAAGGUGGCCCAGCACGGCAAGACAGUGAUGGGUGGGCUGGAAAAUGCCGUGAAGAACUUGGACAACAUCAAGAGUGCCUAUGCCAAGCUCAGCGUUAUGCACUCUGAGAAGCUUCACGUGGAUCCUGAUAACUUCAGGGUUCUUGCUGAAAUCAUCAGUGUGUGUGUUGCUGCCAAGUUUGGCCCCAGCGUCUUCACCGCUGAUGUCCAGGAGGCCUGGCAGAAGUUCCUGGCUGUGGUGGUCUCUGCUCUGGGCAGACAGUACCACUAAGGGUCUGGUAAAGGCACUCCUCCCAGAGAUGUGCAACAGUCCAGCAAGUAAUUAAUUUACUGCUUUGUAACUGUUGCCAAAUACUUCAAUUAAAAAAAUGACAUAAAAAAAA